UAAAAGCUUCCAGAAAUUUUGAGACUCUUCAUCAUUUCUCUCCCGAUGGCAAUGUUAUCUCACCGUCUCCGACGAGCUUUACUCACGGCGACUUCUUAUGUUAACCGAUCAAUUUCUGUGUCCCCGACUUCUAUUGCACCAGCUUCCGAUUUCCCUGCUGUGUCUUCAGUGCUACAGAGAUCUGUUUUGGGGAGAUCGACUGAAGUAGCUAUUCGAGCUCCGGUGAGACUGUAUUCGACGAGGCAGCUCAAGCUUUACAAAGAAGGUGAUGAGAUAACGGAAGACACUGUGUUGUUCGAAGGGUGUGAUUAUAAUCACUGGCUUAUCACUAUGGAUUUUCCCAAGGAUGAUCCUAAGUCUCCUGAGGAAAUGGUCUCUACCUAUGAACAAACUUGCGCCCAAGGACUUGGAAUCAGUGUGGAAGAGGCCAAGCAAAGGAUGUAUGCUUGUAGCACAACUACUUACCAAGGUUUUCAGGCAAUCAUGACUGAACAAGAAUCAGAAAAGUUCAAGGAUCUACCCGGAGUGGUCUUCAUAUUGCCAGAUUCCUACAUUGAUCCCGUGAACAAAGAGUAUGGAGGAGACAAAUAUGAGAACGGAGUGAUCACACACAGGCCACCACCAAUUCAGAAUACAAGAGCAAGAUCACGUCCUAGGUUUGACCGUACAGGAGGAGGAGGUCCUCAGAACUACCAAAGAAACACACAGUAUGGUCAGCAACCGCCAAUGCAAGGUGGUGGAGGGAACUAUGGUUCUCAACAGAGCUAUGGCACUCCAGGACUAGGUCAGGGAACUCAAGCGCCUCCACCAUUUCAAGGAGGUUACAACCAAGGCCCAGGAUCUCCACCACCUCCAUAUCAGGCAGGUUAUAAUCAAGGCCAGGGGUCUCCAGUGCCUCCAUACCAAGGGCCACAAGGCAGUUAUGGUCAAGGCGGAUCUGGGAACUAUAACCAAGGGCCACAAGGAGGUUACAACCAAGGAGGACCUAGGAAUUACAGCCCACAGGGAGCUGGAAACUUUGGUCCUGCACCGGGAGCUGGAAAUACCGGUUAUGGGCAGCCUGGUCAGGGAUAUCCUGGACCUGGACAAGAGCAGAAUCAAACAAUUCCACAGGUAGCUCAGAGGAAUCCAGACUGGAACAACAGUAAUCCAGCAGGCCAAUCCGGCCCUGAUCAAUUUCCACAGGGAAGAAGAUACUAGACAGAGAUAUGAUGCAUGAUGCAGUGACUGAGCUGAAAUAAGGAGAGAAGUGUCAUAGGCCUUUAUGAAGUUUUAUAGUAAAUAGUAUCUAAUCAUCUUUCUUUUUUGUAAGACAAUAGUUUUGUCUCUUUUCUCCAAUGUUGAGCUUCAUGAACGUUGUUGGUUGCAUCUGUUAUUUAGAAACACUCUUGCAAAACGUUCUUUCAGAAUCUAAUCUGCUUUGAUU